AUAUAUCAAGGUUAGGUUAUAAUUGAUUCUUGUUUUGCUUGGUCUUAAAAUUCAGUUUCUCUUCAAUUAGUUGAGCAUAAUGAGUUGAUUAUGCAGAGAAUUUAGGCUAAUGUUUCAAUAUUGGAUGAAUUUACAAAUUAGGGUUUGAUAUUUGUGGUUUUUCUAGUUCAGUUACAAAAUAGAUGUUAGGUUAAAUUUUUCUAGUUCAGUUACAAAAUAGAAGUUAGUGAUAUGGGUUUUGUGUCUAAAUGAUGAAGGUCUCUUUUAUGGUGAUGGUUUAUGUAAGCUAUGUGAGUAGCUCGAUCCAAAGUAUGCAGAUGAAAUGAAGUGUUUGAACUUUUAAGUGGAGCGAAUCGAUAUGAAUCUGUUGAAAAUAUGUCUGCAUAAAAUAUACUCAUGUGUUCAUUGUAAUAUUGAUAGUUUAUUAAUGAUGUAAACUAAUCGUUGAUAUUGGAUUGUAGCUUUAUAGGCUCUAAAAUUACCAUAGCUUGAUGUAUUCACUAUAGUAUAUUGUGAUGUUUUUUGUACACGCUUAUCUACAAUAUUCUGAUGUAUGACAGUGGAGACUGUUGUUGCUGCUGCUUUGAUUUUCAAGUUCUUUUAGUUCCAUUUUUAUUAUGCUACAAUAUUGCUCUUGCUAUUGUUGAGUUCCUAUUCUGGGGUUUUGUGAGAUCGGAAACUGUCCAUAGACAGCUGCCUGUGGGGCUUUGACAGGUUCAACAAGGACUAAAAUAGGUGCAACAAUAAACUUUGUCACCUUCUACUUGGUUGCAUUGCCUGUACUAGUUGUUAUGGCAUUUUCGGUCAAGGUUGGAUUUAUCGGUCUGUGGUUUGGGCUCGCAGCAGCUCAACCAGCUGGUGUACCUGAUGCAACCAGCUGGUGUACCUGAUAUAGCCUGCUACAGUAUCUGAUAAUAACGCAGAUUGUAAACACUUCUUUAUUGCAAGUAUUAUGUUAACGGUGUGAAAAAAACUAGUCUGCCCCCCUAGAGAUUUUUUUAGUCUUUUUUUGUUUCUUGGUUAAAAAUUUAAUCAAGCCAGGUCGUCGAGCACCUGUCAAAAUUUGAAAAUGUAUGCACAGUCCGCAGCAAACCUCCGUGCCUCUUCCUUUGCCGAGGACCAGUCUCAUAUUAACUAGUUCUACUUACAAGGCUUUUGACUAUGGCUGAGUAUGAGUAGUGCCAGGUGCUUGUAGCUUAACUCUUGCAUAGUUGCAUGCAUAGGGGCUCAUUCAGUUAUCCAUCCUGUUGCAUGGAAACAAACUGUGGUUUGAUAUUUAACUUAAGAAAGGACUUUAAUAACCAAAUUAGGAGAUUCUAUAGCUAUGUUAUUUUAUGUGGAGCUUUUUCCUUUCUGUUACUUUUCAACUAAAUCUAAUAGCAUUUGCUUACUUCUAAUUUUCAAGGGAGAUGAAGCAUCAUUGCAAAAAGCGCUGCAUUUGGUGUACAACCUCAAUCAGGACUGUGUAGAUGUUCUGUUUUAUGCUUCUUGGUGCCAGUUCUCGAGGAACUUCAGACCAAGCUAUUCAACCCUGUCUUCCUUAUAUCCAUCUAUUCCUCAUUUUGCAAUAGAAGAAUCAGCCAUCAGACCAAGGUGUAAACUUGGUGAAUGUCGUAUCCUCUUAUGUGAGCCAGGUUCCAAGCACAGGUUGCAGAAAUUGCAGUUGAAUUUUCCUAGGACCGUAGCUACCAUGGAUGAUCAUCGUGAUAAUGAAAUACAGGGAAUUGAUGGAGCUAGUCAUCCUACGGGGGAAUCACAAGGUACCAACACUAGUAAAAAGACCAAAUUCCGUGGUCCGUCAAAAGGAGUUCAAGCCAAAAAGCCUAUGCAUCUUCAGUAUAAUCAAUAUGGAAUCCCCGAUGGAGAAUGGUCAGGAGAAUACGGGAAGCAAGUUGGGUCUUGUGCUGCUAGAAUUAACAUUAAUGUGAAAGAAUAUUCAACGUUAGAUGAACACACAAAGAAGGGGUUUUGGGAGGAGACCAAGCUUCUGUUCCACAUUAUUGAUGAUCCGGCUAAAAGGAGAGAAAAAUAUUUUCAUAUGUGUGUGGCGAAACGCUUUGGAGCUUUCAAGUCCAGGUUAACGCGGCGUUGGAUAACUAAGAAAGAAAAAAUGCCGAAACAUCAGACAAAUGACAUGCCUUGGGACAUCUACCAUCAAAUCACAGAGGAUGAUUGGAAAACAUUUGUGAUAGAACGAAACAAGCCGGAGAUGUUGGUUCGUAGAGAAAAAGCAAGUAAAAGUGCAUUACAAAACAAGCACCCACAUCGCACAGGCCAAAAGGGUUAUGUUAGAAAGAGACCAGAGUGGAUAAAUGAUGGGCGACUACCGCCAGAGGCAGCUUUAACCCUCUCAAGUGGCUCCUCCUCAGUGACCUCAUCACUCACCACAGCGCCAGAUAGAUUUAAGAAGUUUAGAUCAGUAGAGUGGAUCUUGGCUCAUCAAGUUAAAAACAAAGAGGGAAAGUGGGAAGUUGACCCGAAUGAUAAAGAAGCCGUAAAUAUUGCUAAGAUGGCUUUGGAGUACAUAGAAGAAGAGGGAAAAGGAAAUAUUUCAUUCACCCAGGGAGAAGAUGCCCUCACCAAGGCUAUGGGAAAAAAGGAUCACCGUGGGCGUGUCAAGGCAACAGGUGGAGUUAAUGUCGGUUACAAAGUUGCUUUCGGUCCAAUAGACCGAAGUAGUAGAUGUGGCCAUAUUGAACCAUCACCGGAGGCUAUCGAAUCAAUCAGAGCUUCGGUGAGAAGGGAGUUUGAAGAUCAAUUAGAGAGAAAGGUGGCGGAGGCCCUCCAAAACCAACUAGCCACAUUGAAAGCAACCGGUCAACUACACACCCUCUCUACCCCCGCACUUGAUUCUGCUCUUGUAAGUGAUGAGUUUGAUGUUAACCGUGCACUCGUAACCUGUUGUCCGAGUUCAUCGCAGCAACCACGCGAGCUGAAGGCCAUAACUCCAUGUCGUCUUGCACUUGAGGAUAAAGUUUUGGGUAACAAAGUGAUAGUGGCAGAUGGUAUGGCGUACCCAUUGGAUGGUUCGUUGCACCAACACUUUAGAUCGAUGAAGCCUAGUCAUUAUAAGGUCCAAGUUGAUUGUAUUUACGACGGACAUGAUGAUGACACUCUUCCGGUACCUACUGGAGAUGGAUUCAAUAACUUAGGCAGGGCUCUUGCUAGUUUUGUGCAAUGGCCAAUUCACUUGGUGAUUUUCGAAGAAGACGAGGAGUACUCUACUCCACGCCCAACAAAGAAGUCCAGGAGUCAGAUUUUUGAAGAGGUGGUUGGUAGCUCCAAAGAGAAGAAAAACGAAUUAAUUGUCAAAGAGAAGACAACAGAAUUAGUUGUCAAAGAUAAGACAACAGAAUUAAUUGUCAAAGAGAAGGCAACACUUGAUUUAGGGUCCAAAGAGACGACAACACUGAAGUUAACGGCCAAGGUAAACCAUAUGCUUCCCACUCCCCUGUGCUUCAACACUGAAAUCAAAACUGAACUUUUCAUGCUAGCUUAA